AUGAAACGAUGGACGGAUCUGCUUCGAACGGAAUUUGGCAAGAUCGCAGACAUAGUAUGGAGUCAAAAUGAAGAGGCACGUGGAGGACUUCUCCACUCAAAGCUGCUCGAUUCAAUGAACAACAGCCAGAAAGUGACGGGAGAACCUAUGGAUCGGGAAUUAGCAAUCACCAUGAUUACUGCGGUGAUAUUUGCUGGCUAUGAAACGACCGCGAACGUAAUCAUAGAAGCUCUCUAUGAGCUGUCCAGGCAUCCCGACAUGCAGACCAAGUUGAGGCACGAGCUCGUUGACUUUUCCGAGAGGCUUGGACGUGAGCCAACAUAUGACGAUAUCAUGAACCCGGCGCAGUUUACGUACUUGGACGCACUUACAAGAGAGACGCUACGCACUAAGGCGGUCCAGAUGACUAUCUAUCGUGAGGCUGCUGUGGAAGACACUAUCCCACUCCAGUUCCCUAUACACUGUUCAGGUGAAACAGCAAUCGCCGUACAGGCAGGGCAGCUUGCACACAUCCCUCUGCGCCAUGGCAUCAAUGUCGACACGCGCAUAUGGGGACCCGAUGCGGCGCUCUUCAGACCGGAGCGUUGGCUGGACGAAGGCGGUUUGCCGGACGUGGUCAAGGACAUUCGUGCCCCAGGCCACUUAUUGACAUUUGGAGACGGACCGAAGAUAUGUCUCGGCCGUCAUUUCGCCCUGACGGAAAUCAAGAUCAUCUUGGCCGCGCUCGUACGUGAUCUGAUCUUCGAGCCGGAUGACGAAGAAUACGUCUUCUACAAGACUGGCGGAAAUACUGUGAAACCGAAGAUCGUGGGGCGUGAGCAUGAGGGACCGCAGUUGUAUCUUCGUAUACGUAAAUCUGAAGAACGUUAG